UAUACUUUUCCUUCAACUCUUGAAUCAAAUAACAUUAUGGGUGUCAAACAAUACAUUAAAGACAUGCAUCGAUCUUUAAUAGCCUUGGCCAAAGUUGAUACUUUAAAACUAAAUAGAACUGCUAUUCGACAACUGGUUGAACAAUAG